CAAAGACAGUGCAAGUAAAACCGCUUGUUUCCUUUUCUGACGUGUUUCUUGCUAAUGGCCGCCAGAGGCACUGCUACCCAUGAUGCAUUUCGCAGGGCCACGUAAACAGUGUGCUACUCCCCCUGACGCUACCGUCUUCGGCACAGCACCGGAAGCAGGAACAGCAUAAACAUGCACAUUUCUGCAAUAACACGAGUGCAAAUCUGAAUUACAACCAAGCGAGGAAUGCCUCUGCGAAGGUUUUCACUGUAAGAUGUCUAUGGUCCUCUUUGCCUCAGUGGUGCGGGUGAGGGACGGCCUGCCCCUCUCUGCCUCUACCGACUAUGAGCAGGACAAAGGGCUGCAAGAGACCAAGAAGCACCUCAAGAGCCUGUCCAAAAAACUCAGCCAGUUUCCUGACCGCUGCUCUCUUAAGACUGGCCGUUACAAUGUCAAUUUCACCAGCUCUCUGGGAGUGGGCUACAUGAUGGUAUGCACAGAGAACUAUCCCAACGUUUUGGCGUUCUGCUUCCUGGAUGAGUUGCAGAGAGAGUUCCUUGUCACAUAUGACACGAAGCGCAUUAACAGUGCUGUCAGGCCCUACUCUUUCAUUGAGUUUGACAACUUCAUUCAGAAGACCAAACAGCGGUACAACAGUCCACGUUCUCUUUCCACAAAGAUCAACCUGGCUGAUAUGCAGACGGAGAUCAAGCUGCGGCCCCCGUACCAGCUCACUCCUGAAGACCUGAGCUUUAUCAAUGGCUUUUCCCAAAGCACUGCUUCCAAAUAUAAAGGCAUAGCUCCUAAUCAAAUGUUGGAGCCUGUCACCUUGCCUGGCAUAGUGGCAUGCGUUCUAAGCAUUCUGUGUGGUGCGCUCAACUUACUACGUGGGGUCCAUGCCAUAGAGAGCAUACUGCAGAACGAGGAUGAAGACUUUAAUUAUGUAAUUGCCUUUUUCCUGGGAACGGCUGCUUGUCUGUAUCAGUGUUACUUAUUUGCGUACUUUUCGGUGUGGAGGAACAUCAAGUCAUUCCUGGCCUUUGCUCUCAUCUGCCUGUGCAACAUGUACCUGUAUGAACUGCGCAACAUGUGGCAGAUCCUUUUCCACAUCACAGUUGGGGCUUUCAUCACUCUGCAGAUCCACCUAAGGCAGCUACAGGGCAAAACUCCUGACUACAAUGUCUGAAGACCUACACACACACACACACACACACACACA